GCCACCAGCAACUGACAAGCUGGUGUAACGAAAAUUUCCAAUGUAAACUUAUUUUUCCUCAGUUUCAGCAAUUUUAACUCUAUAUAUAGAGAAAUCUUCAUCAGAAUGCAUCGGUGGUGUCUAUUGAUAAACUCAUUGUCCCUCAGCAUCCCGCACACCGAGCUCUAUUGAUGGGGCUCCCCUGUCACCUGCCUGUCACCCUCCUCUGCCUCCUGGCAGGCACCGGUCACCUCGUCCACAGCUACAGGGGCGACAUCAUCCUACCAGAGGUCAUCAAAACCCUGAACCUCCUCACAGAGAGGAAGUCUCCAUGCACCAAGCUGACCAUUGCUGACGCCCUGGCUGUCCCCAAGAACACGACUGAGAAGGAAGCAUUCUGCAGGGCUGCGACUGCACUCCGGCAGUUGUACCGUCAUCAGCGCACGCUCCAGUGUGUCACCCAGCAUGGAGAGCAACACGUUCUCAGAUACCUGAAGGGACUCGACAGGAACCUCUGCAGCAUGGCAAGAAUGAACAACUGCCCUUCCAAGGGAGCCACGCAGACUACACUGGAAGACUUCCUGGACAGGCUAAAGACGACAAUGCAAAAGAAAUACUCAAAGCAUCAAAGCUAACUAUUUUAAUUUAUAAAUUUUGAUGAUUUUAUA